CUGCUUACUGCUUAACACACUGUUCUCAUUAUUACAUCACUAAUGGCUAAUGUUUCAGACGUGUUUUUACCUCUGAGUGCAGAUGAGGAAACGUUCGCACUUCAGUCGGAAUUGGAGGCUGUGGAGAAGCAGACACGGGUGCGAGAACAUAAAACGGCGCUGGAAACAUCCCGAGCUGACGCUCACAAAUCCGCGGUAAGUUUUCAUCACGAUUUUAAUACUCCUACCACUUCUACUCUGCGUGUUUCUAUGCACAGAGCCCAGGCUUCGAGAACACGAUCAGCCCAAAUGAACUUCACUCCUGCACUGGCACACCCACGGCGAAAGGCGCGAGCCAGGACUGGAGAGAUGACCCAACCGCCACCACCGGUCUUCGAGAGCCCAACCAGGAACCGCUUUGCCGCCCUCUGCAAGACGGAAUGCCACGCUGUGGUCAUCGGAGACUCAUUCUUCCGGAACGUACGCGCUUCCUCCACUAAAGGUAAGGUGCACACUCAUUGUUUUCCUGGCGCCCGUGUUCUUGAUGUCUCUGAGCAGGUACCUGCGAUCCUGAAGGACGACGCUAACGUCGGAGCUAUCGUGCUGCAUGCGGGGGUGAAUGACGUCAGGAUGCGGCAGUCGGAGAUCCUGAAGAGGGACUUUAGGAGUAUGAUCGAGACGGUACGCAACGCAUCGCCCACGGCGAGGAUCAUCAUAUCAGGGCCGCUUCCUACCUACCGAAGAGGGAUUGAAAAGUUCUGUAGACUAUUUGCUCUAAAUAAAUGGUUGAUGUCAUGGUGUAUUGAACAGAAGCUGCUCUUUGUUGAUAAUUUUGAUCUGUUCUGGGAGCGACCUAGGCUCUUCCGCCCUGACGGCCUGCACCCCAGCAGCAUCGGAGCGGCUCUUCUGUCUGACAACAUCUCAAAGACGCUACGCACCGUUUGACUACGUCUCCCACUGACAGGAUGGAAGUCCCAGCCCAGGAGGGAUGGAGACCAUCUCGUUUCAACAGAACUCCACAGGCUACACUAUGGACACUAAACGCUCAGCAAACAGGGUGUAAGAAGGCCAUCUGCCCUGAAAUCAAUUACCCGCAUUGGGGUCCGGAGGAAUCCAGAUCCACCAGCCACAUCCUCCAUGUCAGCUUCCAGACUGACGGCAACAGUUGCAGACACCUGACGACACUGACCUCAGAGAGAAACUUCAAAGAGAAGUGGCCACAGGGCGGCUCUAAAUCACUUGUUUGUCUUUGCCACCUGAUACCACAGCCUAAAGCCACCCAUCCUAUGACAUCCUUCACAUAUUAAGCGGCCUUUGGAUCAAAUGGAUAAAAAUCCUACACAGGAAGCUGACAGAGCCAAUGAACGUAAAUCCUGAUGGUGCUCCCUGAGGUUAUCACUAUUAACCCAUAAGACCACAAAAAUGACACAAAAAGUGCAGUUACUAUUGAGCUAUAAUAUUCUGUUCUAUUUAAAACGUGAUCCUAACUAAUAGUGCAGUUUAAAAAAAAUCAGAUUCAUUGGAUUUAUGGGUAAUCAGCAUCCCUGAGACAUGCUGACAACUUCAAGUGUCACCAAAUUUACCUGCUCUUCAGUCUGUCUGGAUAUGGUGCUGCAUUUAAAAACUUUGAAUAUGUGUAAAAAUAUAUUGUGUGGUAUAUUUUAUUCAUAAAAUUAUAAACUUUGAGGGGCAUUUUCCAGGAUAAGACUUCAGAAUUGUCUCAUGAUUGAGCUGUCUUAACUGAAAACAGCCUCGUUG